AUGGCGAAUGCAUCUGGGUUCUUUACGCCUACAGUCCCAAGUCUUAGAAAGAGGAUUAAUCCAUCAUCUAUCGGCAUAUAUCGAUCGGGGAAUUGUUCCUCUGAGGGAAUCUUUAAAAGGGUACUCUGCUCCAGCACCAUUGAAGGUGCGGAGAAACUUUCGACUUUUGAAUCUCGAGCACCCAGGCUCGUAAGUAAAGGCUGCAAACUAGUUGGUUGUGGCUCGGCUGUACCAAAUCUCCAGGUUUCCAAUGAUGAUCUUGCAAAAGUUGUUGAAACUUCUGAUGAAUGGAUAUCUGUUCGCACUGGAAUUCGCAAUCGACGAGUUCUUACAGGGAAAGAUAGCUUGAUGGAUCUGGCUGUGGAGGCAGCAAAGAAAUCUCUUCAGAUGGCAGAAGUAGAUCCUGAUGAUGUGGAUCUAGUUUUAUUGUGCACAUCGACUCCAGAGGAUCUAUUUGGCAGCGCUCCUCAGAUACAAAAGGCACUGGGCUGCAAAAAAAAUCCAUUGGCUUAUGAUAUUACAGCUGCUUGUAGUGGGUUUGUGCUAGGCCUAGUGUCAGCUUCUUGCUAUAUUAAAGGAGGCGGGUUUAAUAAUGUUCUUGUGAUUGGGGCUGAUGCUCUUUCUCGUUAUGUUGAUUGGACGGAUAGAGGGACCUGUAUUCUCUUUGGUGAUGCUGCUGGUGCUGUACUUGUACAGGCGUGUGAUAGUGAAGAGGAUGGUUUGUUUGGUUUUGACUUGCAUAGUGAUGGUGAUGGCCAGAGGCACUUAAAUGCUGCCGUCAAGGAGGAUGAAAUGGAUAGUGCGACGGGUUCUAAUGGUUCAGUCUUUGGCUUCCCUCCAAGGCGCGCCUCUUAUUCCUGCAUCCAGAUGAAUGGUAAAGAGGUCUUUCGUUUUGCUGUUCGUGCUGUGCCUCAGUCGAUUGAGGCUGCACUAGAAAAGGCUGGUCUAACUGGAUCUAACAUCGAUUGGUUACUGCUCCAUCAGGCCAAUCAGAGGAUCAUUGAUGCGGUGGCAACACGUUUAGAAGUCCCAUCAGAACGUGUAAUCUCUAAUCUGGCAAAUUAUGGGAAUACAAGUGCUGCAUCCAUUCCGUUGGCAUUGGAUGAAGCUGUCCGCAGUGGGAAAGUUCAGUCAGGCCAUACUAUAGCAGCUGCAGGUUUUGGAGCUGGUCUUACAUGGGGUUCUGCUAUCAUUAGAUGGGGAUGA